CUCCCUCCUUUCUCCAGCCGCGCAGCCAUGGCGACCGAGCACCGGCCCUGCUGCCGCGUGCCCAGCUCGCCCGGCGCCGUCGCUUUCCUCCUGCCGCCGGAUCCCAAUGCGCGUGGCCAGUACACCAUCAUCGGCGAAGCCGCUGCUGCACGCCCGACGGCCGGAGCACCGUCGCGCAGGAGUGUUGUUGCACGCCGCAACCCCGCCUCAUGCUACGCUCCAAGCCCCCAUCGCCCAUGGAGCACCACCGCGUUUCACUGCGAGUUUGUCUUCGCGUUGCGAUUAGGUCGUGAUUUGUUUCCGAGCUUUGAGGAAUCGACGGUCAAGCUUCGGCGACCAAGUGGUUAGGAUCUUCGAGUUCUACGA